UUGUUGCUAUUUUUUAUUGCCUCACUCUCUACCUCUCUCUUUCUCCAUCUCUCCAUCUCUCUCUCUCUCUCUCUCUGUGUUGUGGCAGCAGGGGGGGGAGGAGGGCCUCGCAUGAAAAGCAGCAGAAGGGAAGGCAGUGCAGGAGCAGCCUGUGGAGACAGGGGCAGACUCUGUGUAUGUGUGUGUGUGUGUAUGUGUGUGUGUCCACCUUCAUCACACUCAAACACACACACACAUACACACACACACAUCCUCCAGUUGUGGAUUUAUUAGUGUUGCCAAAGAAGCUGGAGGGCCUGGUGUCGUCCUCGUCCUCAUCCUCGUCCUCAGCAGCAGCAGCAGGGACACACUCGCUCCUCGUCCACUUCUGAGUUCGGGGCGCUGAGAAAUGAACAAAAUGAAGAACUUCAAGCGCCGCUUCUCGCUGUCCGUGCCCAGAACAGAGACGAUCGAGGAGAACGAGUUCACUGAGCAGAUAAACCAGCUCAACAUCCAGCGCAAUGAUGACCUGGUGCCGAACAGCCUGGGCCUGCACACCCUACACCCGUCAGCCAGUCCACUGGCCUCCGAACAUCAGGCUCCAUCUCCCACCCAGCUGCACUACCACAGCAAAGUCCAGCAUCGUCGCUUCUCCAUGGAGGAUGUCAGUAAGAAAAUGGCUCUGCCUAUGGACAUCCGCUUGCCACCUGAGUUUCUUAAGAAGUUGCAGCUGGAGAGCCCUGAAUCCUGCAAGCCACUUAGCCGGAUGUCCAGACGAGCCUCGCUGUCUGACAUCGGAUUCGGGAAACUGGAGACGUACGUGAAACUGGGCAAACUGGGAGAGGGCACGUACGCGACUGUAUUCAAGGGGCGCAGCAAGCUGACAGAAAACCUGGUGGCCCUGAAAGAGAUCCGGCUUGAGCAUGAAGAAGGAGCCCCUUGCACCGCCAUCAGGGAAGUUUCGCUGCUGAAAAACCUGAAACAUGCCAACAUCGUGACUCUGCAUGACAUCAUUCACACCGACCGCUGCCUCACGCUGGUCUUCGAAUAUCUGGACAGCGAUUUGAAGCAGUACCUAGACAACUGUGGAAACCUCAUGAGCAUGCACAACGUGAAGAUAUUUAUGUUCCAGCUUCUGCGCGGUUUAUCUUAUUGUCACAAGAGAAAGAUUCUACACAGAGACCUCAAGCCGCAGAAUCUGCUCAUCAACGAGAAGGGAGAGCUGAAGCUGGCUGACUUUGGUCUGGCGAGAGCAAAAUCCGUGCCGACAAAAACCUACUCCAACGAGGUGGUGACUCUGUGGUACCGGCCUCCAGAUGUCCUGCUGGGUUCCACAGAGUACUCAACUCCCAUAGACAUGUGGGGAGUAGGGUGCAUUCUGUACGAACUGGCGACGGGACGACCCAUGUUCCCAGGCUCCACCAUCAAAGAGGAACUGCACCUGAUUUUCCGCCUCAUGGGAACCCCGAGUGAAGAGAGCUGGCCCGGGAUUACAGCGAACGAGGAGUUCAAGUCGUAUCUAUUUCCUCUGUACAAAGCCCAGCCUCUAAUAAACCACGUUCCCAGGUUGGACACUGAGGGCAUUGAUCUUCUCUCAGCACUGCUGCUGUACGACACCAAAAAACGGAUCUCGGCCGAGGCGUCUCUGAGACACGCCUACUUCCUCAGUCUGGGGGAGAACGUUCACUCCCUAGCAGACACUUCGUCAGUGUUCUCCCUGAAGGAGGUGCAGCUUCAGAAGGACCCCGGACACCGGAGCUCCAUCUUUCAUCCAGGUCGGGGGAAGAACCGCAGGCAGAGUAUCUUCUAACGGCUCACCAGUGAAGGAGGAACAUCGUCACCAUGAAGCGAAUGGCUGUAAAUCGAAGCAAACUGCCAAGCUGUAUCCCAAACCUCCUCACACACACACACACACACACACACACACAGCAGACUGUGCGAUCUAUUCACCGCUGUUUUACACAGUUACAGCUGAGCAGCUAAUCGCACCAGUCGUAGCUUCCCGUAGCUGUGAUUUCUCAAGACUCAGAUCUGGAUCUGCAAAAAAAACCAAAUAAUAACAAUAAUAAUUUUACUGUCUGUGUUCACGUUACAAUUAAGAAAGAAGUGACUUGGAUAAUAUCUAUAAAAUUUUAUACAAAUCACAUCAAAUUAUAACAAAAGUACAGUAUAUAUGAAUUAAAAGAACAUAUUCACCCUGUGCAAAUCCGCACCUAAAACGAAUCCAUUCGAUAAUGACCAUGUGACCUUCAACCGCAUGCUAAUAUUGUUAUAAUGAUAUGUAUUUACACAUCUUUUAUCAGCAUGCUGGUCUUUAUUCAUGUUGGUUAAUGUUCUCUACGUGACCCGCAAUGCUUUUAAAAGACACGAAGCGAAAUUUAGUUCUCCAUCAACAUCAUAUCAACAUAAAGGAAGCGAUGCGGCGGCGCUUUAAUCCUUUAAUUCUUCGUACGCUAGCACCUCCUCAUUUGUACACUCUUUUUAGUAUGCAAAUUUCAUGCUAAACAACAGUGUAUAACUGUUUGCAUAACUGCAUUGCAUUCCGGGACAACGUCCGCACCUAAUGACUUUACUGACACUGAGAGUAAAUAAGAACUAAAAGGUCGUUCUCACAUGAAUAAUGAAAAUACAGCCAACAACCAGAUGAGGAGUUCCCUAAACACAUCACAAACAAGUAUCAGGGUGGAGUUUUCCUUCAAAUCUAUAAAACAAAUGUGACAUAUAGCGGACGUAGUUUUAAGUUUUUAUUAGACAGUCUGUCUAGUCAAGUUAAACAGUGGUGGAAAUUCCAUUAAUAAAAGUUGUCAAAAUGCGAUCAAAUGUGCACAAUUCACUGCCAAACGUCAAUUCAAAUCAAGUUUCAAUUCAAUCCAUGUUACAAAUGUUCGUCAAAUUUAUUCUUAAGUUUUCUUUAAAACUGUUCACAGUCACAGUAUGUAUUUGUUAAGAACAGUUGUGCUGUUAGCGGUAGAUCAUUUCUAAUCUGGCUGAGGUAAAGAAGCAAGAGUUUUUCAGCUUCUUAAACAAUUAACUUGUACUUCCCUCUCUAGGCUCUUGUAACAUACAUGUAACAUGUGAGAUGAUGUGGCCUGUACACUGCACUGCAUGCAUAAAAUUUAUAUAAAGUGCCCUAUAGGUUUACUUUACAUAUAAGGAAACAAAGUGAAAAUACACUUUGGGCUCUCCUACACACAGUAAAAUGAGAUAUUGCCCCAUUAGCACUUGUACAUGUGCCAAAAUAAGACUCCAACAGACUUCCAUCAUGCUUGAUAAUAGGAUGAAGUGCCCUCUAGGCUUCCUUUCAUGUAAGAAAAUAUAUACAAUAAUAAAAUGCCCUAUAAGGUUUUUGUAGAUGUUUAAAAAAUGGGACAGUGUGCCCUAUAAACUCCUUUAUAUGCAUAAAAAUAAGAUGAAUUGCCCUAUAGGCUUUCUUACACAUCAGAAAAUUAGAUAAAAAUACCCUUUGGACUUUCCUUUACACAAUAGAAUGAGAUGGUGUGCCCUAUAGACUCCCUUAUGUGCAUCAACAAAAGAGGAAGUGCUCUAUAGGCUUUCUUGCAUACAGGAAAAUGAGAUAAAUACCCUUUUGACUGUGCCCUUUAGGCUUUGUUACAUGUAAGAAUAUAGGAUGGCAUGCUUUACAGUCUUGUUUACAUCUGUCAAAAAUAAGAUGGCAUGCCCUAUAAACUCCCUUAUAUGCAUAAAAAUAAGAUAAACUGCCCUAUAGGCUAUAGGCAAAAAGGAGAUAAAAAUUCCAUGUGGACUUUUCUACACACAUUAGAAUGAAAUGGCGAACAUGAUGAAAUGGCUUAUAGGCUUUUCUAUAGGUGACAAUAUGAUAUGAUGUGACUGAUAUGAGUUUCCUCAUGACUUUGCCUCAUUUCCAACAUGCCAGGAAAUAAGGCGAGGUGCCCUAUAGGAAUGACACAUGACAUUGUAUUACAGGGAGAUCUUCAAUAACAAAUUACUGUCACUGCCCCAAACAGCACAACCUAUACUUUAUAUAUAUAUAUUAAAAUAUAUAUAUUUCUCAAUGUCACACUUUUUAUCCAUUUAUAGUUAAAUUUUGUGUUUUUAUUUCUCUCGAUUGACAUGGGCAGGAAAACAACAAAAAACUAUUUCAGCUUAUCAUGUUUCUGAAAACCGACUUACAAACUCUGGAGACUCCUUCUAUAAAUGUUAAAAAAGCUAAAGUGCCGUUUCUAUAGAAACGAUAACGUAAAUAUAAACCUUCUGACCAAUGAGGUUUGAGAAUAUAGCGAGUGCCGUGGUGUACGUAUGUGGUAUAUUAAGUAGACGAUUGUCUGUUUGUCUUUUCCACACAAGUCUGGGAUGUCAGACAGCACACGACGUGUCCAAAGUCUGCACUUUUAACCUAAAUAUAUUUAUGAAUUCUAACGAAGCCACACGUUGAGACACAGGGUUGUGGUGUAGUGUGUAGUAUUAAAUAAACACUGUCACUUUCCUUGUGCGUUUUACCUCAGAGAUGAAAAUGUUCUUCGAAGCAUCUAAAGGUGCCUUGUACAAAUCAACUAUGAUGAUGGGUAGAAUUUGUUCAGCGUUUCAUUUAAUAUGUUCUUUUAAUACUGUUAUAGGUUCUAGAGAUGUUCUAGAGAUGCUCUUCAUCAAUAAUUGCACAUGAUUUAUUGCUUGGUAUGAUGAGUUGCUCAAACGUGUUUGCACAUGGCAUCCAAGUGUCCUAAAUUUUGUCUUUGCCUCCUCUUUUCUUUGUUACUCAAUAUUUCCUUUUUAAAAAAUAAAGCACUAUAUAUUUCUAGUCAAAGCCAUUAAGUGCAGAGAAUCAUAGUGACGUGGUUUUUAAAACUCAAGUACACAAAAAAGCAUCUAAAAUACAGGAAGAAAGGAAGAGUGAGGAAGAGCAGGGCUGGGUUCCAGUACUGACCGUCAUCACUUCCCCUCAUGAUUUCUCCCCGAUCUGUUCCAACACCUGAAGUAAUAUUUGUUGGAUGAGCUUUAACAUUUAACAUUUUCAAUAGAAACAAGCUAUAAGAUUUUUUUUUAUUGGAUUUGAAAUUGUGAUUUAUACAUAGCCAACUGCUAAAUCUAUAUUACACAUCAUUUCUGGUGAUAGCUGUGGUGAAAAAUAGACAGUCGGAGUGCCCACUAGGGUGUCAUUAUGGCAUAUAAAAAGUACCGUUUGGUAAAUAGUGUGAUAAAUGCCAUCUAGUCUGCCAUUAUGUGCCAGUAAAUACAAUGGAAUGCCAUCUAUGGGGCACUCUCAGUGGGAAAAAUGUGAUGCAGUGCCCUAUAGGCUCUGCUGUAUGUGACAAAAUUGUAUGUCCUAAAAGUUCAAAUUCUAAUUCACGGAGCAGCUUACAUUUAUCUUAUUUGCACAACUGUGCAGGUUGAGGAGGUUUAGGGCCUUGUUUAGGAGUUCAGCAGAGGCUACUUGGCAAUACUGUGAUUUGAGCUCAUUACUCUCAGAUCAGUAGUCCAUUUUCUUAAGAGCUACCAAUGGCCUUUUCACGAGCUCCUGUACAUGUGACAAAGUGGAAUGUCAAUUUUUCAGCAUCCAAGAAAAUUAGUUGAUGUGCCCUAUAGGCUCAUCUACACACAACAAAUUGAGAUGGUGUGCCCAAAAGGUUUUCUUAUACACAAAAAUUGAGAUGAAGUGGCCCAUAGGCUCUCUUAGAUGUAAGAAAAUGAGAUGUAAUGCUCUAUAGGCUCCUGUCUGUCUGCCAAAAAGAGACAGUGGGCCCUAUGAACUCUGCUACAUGCAUAAAAAUAAGAUUGCAUGCCCAAAAGGCUCCUCUACAUGCCAUAAAACAAGAUAAAGUGCCCUAUUGGGUCUCUUGCAUGUAAGAAAAUGAGAUGACGUUCCCCUCCUCUACAUGUGAUAAAAUGGGAUGGUGUGCCCUAUAGAUUCUCCUACAAGAUAAUAAAGUGCCCUAAAGGAUCUUCUUUACAUGACAAAAAAAGAUUAAAUGCUGUAUAGGUUUUAUAACAUACAACAAACUAAGAUGGUGUGCACCACAGACUCUCUUUACAUGUUCCAAAAUGAGUUAAAGUGCCCAUUUCGCUCCCUUAUAUGUGCCAAAAUCAGAGAAAGUGUCCCAUAGGCUUUCUUGGAUCUAACAAAAUGAGAUUAAGUGCCCUGUAGACUCCCUGAUACCCAUAAGGAAAUGAGAUAAAGUGCCCUGUAGUCUGAUCAGCAUGUGACUAAAUGAGAUUGAGUGCCAUAUUAACUUCCUAAACGGGGGUUGUUUCCAUUCAUUUUUUUGCUCCUGCCCCUUAGGCAGCCUGCAACCACCCCCUGAUUGCCCAUGCCUUCUUGAUACUUUACUGAAAAUAAACCACACUCUGCUUCUUUGUUGCUUGUGUGCGAUGGUGGGUUCUUCCUGAGGGGAAGUCAAUGAGGGUUUGUGAUGUACUGGAGAGAGAGAGAGAGAGAGAGAGAGAUUGCAGUUUGUGUACUUUAAAACCCUCCUCUCCCAUGUGUAUGUUUUUGUGGUAAAAAUAAAUACUAUUUGAAUUAAUAUAUUGGACAGAAUUAAUAGAUGUCUUUUAACAAGUGUUUUCCUUCUUCUCAGUAAAUAUUUUGUCAGGAAAUUGACUGUAUUACAUACUAUUUAGAUUACGUCUAUUUAUAAAUUGAAAAAUAAAAUGGGAAAGAUUUAGAUUUUUGUAUGAAAUGUGAUAUUAAAUAUUUUGUGUGACGUUUAUUCGAUUUCAGUAUCUCGAAGCUGAAUGUAAUGUGAUUGCUGAAGAAGCCAAAAGUGAUUCAAUAAAUUUAAAAACGAAAUAAAUGAUAAAGCUCA